AUGGAGGUCCGAAAUCAUGUCAAUGACAUCUGUCACCUUGAAACGUUGCAGGAGAAAAGUCUUCUGUCUCGUUUGGUGAACUUUCAACCUCUUACCAGUUCACAUGCAAAGGUUAAAUCUUAUCCGCUCAACCAGAUCAAAAACCAAAGGGUACAAGAAGCUCUAGUGGUACGAGACCUUCUAAACGUGCUAAUUGGUCUAGAAGGUGUCUACAUUAGGUACAACAAUAGUUACCAACCAGAGUUGGGACAACAAGACGACAUUCGGGGUCCUGAUUUUAGAAUCGCCAAAAACAUGGAUCUUUCUCUCAAAAGCUUUGCUAAAUGGAUUGUCAAAUUUGGCAAAAUUUUCGUAGUCCUGACACGUUUCAGUGAGCGCUACAGUGAGCCAGUUUACGGAUCAGUGAUGCAUCGACUUUGUUUUGAGAUUCGACAAUUUCUGACCUACGAUUACGUGCGUAAUAUAAUAGAACAGGCAGAAACUGAAUUUUUAACCAAUCCACUGUUCAGUAUUCGAGGUCUGGGGCAGCUUUUGACCCAAAAUUGUGCACAUAAAGCCCAACUACUCUACGAUCUGGUCCAAGAAAUAAUGCGAGAAAUGAACCGUCGAGCGCUUCUGAAUCGAGAAGAAGCAGAUUUCCAGAAUUUCAUGCAAGACUUGAGAAAAGAGAAAAAUAACACUGAUUUUUCUGUAAGUAAUGAGUCGAACGCUCUUUUCAUUACCGAUUCGCGCAUAAAUGUUCAUGCUCGCGGUGGUGUAAUUCUGCAAAUGAUCCAAGACAAGAUUGAUGUAAAUCGAGGCAACGAACGCAACGUAACCUUUCUCCAAAAAUUGUUUGAGGACGUUUCAGUGCAGUAUUGUUCCAUGCUGGACAGCUGGCUCAUUAAUGGCUCCCUGGAGGAUCCUUACAAUGAGUUCAUGGUCGCUGAUACCGCACAAUUGUCAUCGCGUCAGGAAGCGAUACGACUUACUUCGUUGAAUAGUGAACGCCUUUGGGACACACAGUACGUGAUACGUAAGGAUGGAGUCUUGAAUGAUUUUGAAAAUGGGAAUAUUGCUUUCAAAGUUUUAAUGACGGGCAAGCUGUUAAACCUCUUCCGCAAUUGCUGUAAUUUACAAACCACUACGGGAAUUUUACCCGAUGAAAAUUUGAAAUAUCCACUCACUAGGCUACCGCAAAGAACAGAGCUCCUGUUAUAUGUUGAUUUGCAUUAUUCGCGCGCCAACAAAUUGACACAUUUUCUGUUUUAUAACGGAUACGAUUUGCCACAAAUACUUCUCGAGUUUCACCACAACUUCUUGCUCUUCAACAAUCCAGGCUUCUUCAAGGAGUUUUUCAACCGUUCGCUAGUGGAACUUACCAAGCUUCGAACUGAUACGGUCGAAGAGAAGCUUCGAAGAACUUUCCAGGAGUACCAAAGGUCUCGGGAAGAUGAUGGGGGCAAGGUGGUUUUGCCUUUGCUGAAUUUACAGCUCGAUAAAAGCUGUUUCCACCGCGUUAUCCAGCAAUUUUCUAUGGAAACAAGCACUGAUAAAGACAAUGCGAACCUCAUGCAGGCGCGUAACUUUGAGAACCUUCGUGAUUUACUAUUACAAGACCUCGACAUGCAAGAAGUGAGCGAAAGCGGCCAAACCAAAAAAACAGAGUUCGAAUACUCUAUCCAUCAUCUACAAUUUGAAAUCGUUGUACCUUAUCCUUUCAACACUAUCAUUUCUAGGACGUGCAUCUUCCAAUACCAGGCAAUUCAAAGGUAUUUGUUGCUACUGCACUAUUAUAACAAGGUUCUCGAAGACACAUGGUUUGAAAUUAACAAAAACAAAAUCUGGAGGCAUUCGGGCUUCAACAAGGAUGUACACCUAUGGAUCCGACGAUGUCGAGUUGUUCACUUCCGGAUGGCACAAUUUAUGAAGCUCAUGCUAGAAUAUACCAGCCUGGACGUAAUUCAAAACGAAUGGUUGGAGCUAGAGAAGCAAACAAGAAAUGCAACAUCAACAGGGUUUGAUUUACCGCAAUUUCAAAGCGCACUACAAAACUUUCUGACGCAACAAAUGACACAUUCCCUGCUGACGAAUGCUUCAUUAGUACGCUUACUUGUCCAAAUAACAGACAUUGUCCAUCGGUUCUGUAAAUUUGUCACUUCGCUAAGAAAGACGUUGUGCUUAUUAGACGUGCGUCUUUUUUCGUACUAUCAUGGACAGUUGUCGAAGGAAAUGCAGUACGACGAAAGUGCUGCCUUGCAGAAGCUUCAAGAAUUGCAGCAAUAUCUGGAUUUAGUUUGGAAUAGCUUUAGCCAGCAUAAGAGUGCGUUUGCUGAAGGAGUAAGGUAUUAUUGUAAUCACGGAUCUGCACGAAGCGGAAUAAAUCCUGUUUUAGCCCUAGAGGAAAGGCUUCGGGACAUAGAAUUUGACCGUUGA